AUGAGCUCCAUUGCUCUAAAGCUACUCCCUUUGCUCGCUGUCGGCAUAGCUUGCUUGGUCUACUAUAUCAAUGCCCCGACUCUUUUACCGAGCUCGCUCCAAGUGGGCCGGCCACUACCACGAAUUGCUGUGACUGGAAGCAAUGGUUCGGUGGGGAAAAGGGUGGUAUUGGGGGCACUUGCCCAUGGAUUCCAUGUUGUUGGGAUUGACCAUUCGCCGCUUGCAACUGCCAAUGAUUUAGAUCUCGGAGACAACUUCUCGUUUCUCCAAACUGACCUAACCGACUACAAUGCAACCCUGAAGGCGUUGUCCGGUUGCGACGCAAUUGUGCAUCUAGCUGCGCUCCCCAACCCAACUGACUACAAGGUGGCCACUCAUAACAUCAAUGUCGUUAUCUCCUGGAAUAUCCUUCGCGCUGCAGCAGAGCUUGGGAUAAAGCGCGUCGCGCAGGCCUCUUCUGUCAACGUGGUGACGCUUGUGUUCAGUCAACAGCCAGUGCUAGAAUAUCUGCCCCUCGAUGAGGAGCAUCCAAUUGAGCCUGACGAACCGUAUGGGCUCUCGAAAGUAAUAUGUGAACUACAGGCCAAAACCAUCGUGAGAAGAUACCCAGACAUGCGUGUUGCAAGCCUACGACUGCAUUGGUCCGUGCCAAACCGCACUUUCGCCAAUGAGCGAGAACACACGUACAACGCUAAACACGACUUGUGGGGCUACGUCCAAGAAGAUUCUGCUGCUGAGGCGUUCAUGCUGGCUGUGACUAAGCCAACCGAGCGGUGGCCGUCAGCGGCAGAGGCUUUCUUCAUCGUUGCACCAGAUACCAUGACAGACACGGACACUAUGGAACUCAUAAAGGAGCACUACCCAACUGUUCAAAUGAAAAACGGAGCAAUCUCGGGAAGAGGGUCUUUCUUCAACUGCGCAAAAGCAAAGGACCUUUUGGGCUGGGAACAUCCUACGUAG